ACCAGUGUAUGAAGACCCCCGAGAACGUGAAGGAGUUACAGCAGUUCCUUAGCUUCGCUAACUACCAAAACAGGUUCGUGCCACAAUACGCGAAGAUCGCCGCGCCACUCACGAAUCUGCUAAAGAAGAACACGCCCUAUAAAUGGGAGCUACAACACAAGGAAGCCGUGGAGCAGCUGAAACAAGCACUCACGUCCGCACCCCUACUCAUCUUGCCAGACCCCGAACGCGACUACGUUAUCGAAGCUGACGCCAGCGACCAGGCAGUGGGAGCAGUCUUGAUGCAAGACCAGUGGAAUGGCCUGCAAACAAUUGCCUACCUCAGCAAAAAAUUACACGGAGCAGAACUCAACUACCCGAUACACGACAAGGAGGCCCUUGCUAUCAUCAUCGCCUUCAAAACGUGGAGAUGUUAUCUCGAAGGGCGCAAGACGACAGUCUACACCGACCAUUGCAGCCUAAAAUAUUUGAAGACGCAACCAAGCCUCUCUAGGCGGCAGGUCCGGUGGAUUGACUUCCUCGAGACACACUUCCAAUACGACAUCGUGUACAAGCCCGGCCACAAAAACAAAGCAGACGCGCUUAGCCGGCCUGCACACGUUGCCGCCAUCCAAGUUGAAGGGAUGAAUUCACUCCUCAAGGGACUCUUCAUGCACGGAGCAGCAAGCAGAAAAAGGCGGGUCUGCUACAGCCUCCUUCCUGUCCCAGAACAGGCAUGGCAAGUGGUAAACCUAGACUUCAUCACCGGGCUACCCACUACCACAAGCGGUCAUGACGCGAUCCUCGUCGUCAUUGACAAGUUCUCCACCAUAGGACACUUCAUCCCGACACACACCACAGCACGCACCGAGGAGACAGCACAACUCUUUGUUCGCUACAUCAUCUCACAACACGGCAUUCCGACCACACUCAUCUCCGACCGAGACCCUAUGUUCACCAACAAAUUCUGGAAAGAACUGAUGUCACUGCUCGGGACCAAACUCGCCAUGUCAUCCGUCUACCAUCCGCAGACAGAUGGACAGACCGAGCGCCUCAACCAAAUUGUGGAGCAACUCCUCUGCGCAGUCUGCAAGGACGACAACUCCAAAUGGGACUUGCAUCUGCCCAUCCUGGAGUUUGCGUACAACAAUGCUACUCACGCCACUACUGGACAGACGCCGUUCUUCCUCUGUUACGGACGCCACCCACUCAUACCUCAACAACCAACCAUACCAGCCACAGUCCAACCCGCUCAUGAUUUCAUCACGACCAUGCACAAACUUUGGGAUCGGACCCACAAGCGCCUUCUCGAUAUUCAGCAACAACAGAAGCGCCAAGCCGAUCGCCACCGCACAGACCACACCAUCACCAUGGGAGACCGAGUACUACUCGACACACGCAAUCUUGACAUCAGCCAUCUCCCAUCCAAACUGCAACCUCGCUUCUGCUGGCCUUUUCUCAUUGAAGCACAAGUCACUCCUGUUACCUUCCGCUUACGCCUGCCAGCUACCUGGAAGAUUCACAACGCCUUCCAUGUCCAACUCUUGAAGCCCUACCGAGAUCCCAACACGGUCUUCUCUGGACGUCAACCGCCACCGCCGCCGCCCGUCCUCGUCCAUGAUGAACCCGAGAACGAGGUCGAGUCCGUGCUUGCUCACCGUCGUCGACGGAAUGGCACCGUGGAGCUUCUCAUUCGUUGGAAGGGUUAUGAUCCUUCAGAGGAUAGUUGGAUCUCUCAAUCCAAGAUGGAUCACGCUCGUCGUCCUCUUCGCGACUACCUUGUUAAGCAGGGUGUCACGUCUACCACCCAGCUUUGAGGGGGGGAAGUGUGAGAGUACG